ACUCUAACAAACUUACUAACAAUUCUAACUAACUCAGCAAUUCUUUUAGAUAUUUCCACUAAACUGGGCUGCCACGUUCUUGGAUUCUCCAUUACGGCUUUGCUGGGUUUUCCUUCAUCUUGCAUAAGUAAUUUUAAUUGGAGGUUUAUCAGGAACCUUCUUAGAUAUUAUAAAAUGUGUUAUGAUCAUGCAGGUCUUUACUACUUUUUCACAUUCUGUACCAUAAACAAAUUUGUCAGCUUAUUUUGACUUCACGAUGUUUCUUUUCAUGACUCUGAAAAAUUAAGUUAGUUUUAUGUGUUGUGUUGCAUUGCAUUUCUACAAGUUGUUGUAGAAUUAUAAGAGAAAUUUCCCAAUUUUGACAUGUUAGGGACAUCAUCUGGACUUGCGGCUUGUCCGGAAUCAAUGGCUCCUGUUAGAUCCCAAGGUAGAAUUUCUCAUGUCAGAGGUUAAUGAAGAGAAAACAUCUGGAAAUUUUAGGGAAAUGGGACACAGAUUGGCACAGGAAGUUGUAUCUUUUGUGAAAAAGAAAAUGGAUAAAUUCUCAAGAUCUGGAGUCCUGAGAACUAUUAAGCUUAGCUUUGUUGGACAUUCCAUUGGAAACAUUAUUUUGAGAACUGCAUUAACAGAAAACAUUAUGGAACCAUAUCUGAGAUAUCUGCAUACGUAUCCUUCUGUUUCUGGACCACAUCUAGGUUACCUAUACAGUUCAAACUCCUUAUUUAAUGGGGGUUUAUGGCUUUUGAAAAAGCUCAAGGGCACACAGUGUAUUCAUCAGCUGACUUUUACCGAUGAUCCUGAUCUUCAAAAUACGUUCUUGUACAAACUUAGCAAGGAAAAGACAUUGGAGAAUUUCAGGAAUAUCAUUCUGCUAUCUUCUCCCCAGGAUGGUUAUGUUCCGUACCAUUCUGCUAGAAUUGAAAUGUGCCCAGCGUCUUCAGGCGACUCCUCAAAAAAAGGCAAAGCUUUUCUGGAGAUGCUUAACAAUUGCAUGGACCAAAUACGUGCAUCAUCCACUGAGUACCGGGUAUUCAUGCGACGUGAUGUUAAUUUUGACAUCUCAUUGCAAGGGAGGAACCUCAAUACCAUAAUUGGACGGGCUGCUCAUAUAAAGUUCCUGGAAACAGACAUCUUUGCGAGGUUUAUAAUGUGGUCCUUCCCAGAUUUGUUCCGUUGAAUGCAGGGGCUUUUGACAUUUUCCUCACAUAUGUGUAUUGUAUUCUCAAGCCUUCAUCAAGCACCAUCGAACCUCCAACUUUUUGACAUGAGGAACGAUCUAUCAUUGAAUCUUGGGGACGGUUUUCAUAAAGGUAAGAGUUUCAUCUUCUCGACGUCCAGACUUGAAGGUGCAGUGAAAUAUCCCACAAUGUAAAUUAUUUGCUAUAAUUUUUCUUCAAAGAUAUUCCCUCUUUAGCAGGCAAUUUAAAGCUUCAAAUGUAUUUUAUAUCUACAAGCAGGGUAAAUUAUUCUUUUGUACAUAGAAAUGUAUAUCGUACGGGGAUUACUGUAAAGCACCACGACAUAGAAUUCCAUUACGGAAUCGAGCACAAGCUUAUUCUGUACCAUCGGUAGACAGUUUGCACUGUAUCACUAUCAAACUGAAUUUUAUCAUUAGACUGGUUUUAUGCUACGUGUUGUUCUGAGGUGAAAUAUUCCGUUUGAAACAAUGUACUGAAGAUUAUUGUGUUGGA